CCUCCCACUUCUGUCUGCUCUGUGUCUGUAUGUGUGUUUCUGUGCGCGCCACCGACCGAGCGGGAAAUUCCCAUUGAAUACCGAAUAACGGCGAGGGCAGCGGUUGACGCUUCUCCCUCCCCUCUAAUACCGGGCGGCACAGCGCUCCUCUGAACUCCCGGUCCCCUACUGUUUACAGCUCGAAGCCGUCUCGUACAGUCGUCCGCAUGGCGUACAGUCAGGGGGGUGGCAAGAAGAAGGUCUGUUACUAUUAUGACGGAGACAUUGGAAAUUACUACUAUGGACAAGGGCACCCUAUGAAACCCCACAGGAUUCGGAUGACCCACAAUUUACUGUUGAACUAUGGCCUCUAUCGGAAGAUGGAAAUAUAUCGCCCUCACAAGGCGACUGCUGAGGAGAUGACAAAGUACCACAGUGAUGAAUAUAUCAAGUUUCUUCGAUCCAUAAGGCCAGACAAUAUGUCUGAAUACAGCAAACAAAUGCAGAGAUUUAAUGUAGGUGAAGACUGCCCUGUGUUUGAUGGCCUUUUUGAGUUUUGCCAGUUGUCUACUGGGGGUUCUGUAGCUGGUGCUGUCAAGCUGAAUCGCCAGCAGACUGAUAUGGCUGUUAACUGGGCAGGAGGACUGCAUCAUGCUAAGAAGUCAGAAGCAUCUGGAUUUUGUUACGUUAAUGAUAUUGUGCUUGCGAUUCUUGAACUUUUGAAGUACCACCAAAGAGUGUUAUAUAUUGAUAUCGAUAUCCACCAUGGUGAUGGUGUUGAAGAGGCAUUUUACACCACUGAUCGUGUAAUGACUGUUUCAUUCCACAAAUACGGGGAGUACUUUCCAGGCACUGGUGAUCUCCGGGAUAUUGGUGCAGGAAAAGGCAAGUACUAUGCUGUUAAUUUUCCAAUGAGAGAUGGAAUUGAUGAUGAAUCCUAUGGACAAAUUUUCAAACCAAUAAUUUCUAAAGUGAUGGAAAUGUACCAGCCUAGUGCGGUGGUUUUGCAAUGUGGUGCAGAUUCAUUGUCUGGGGAUAGACUUGGAUGUUUCAAUUUGACAGUCAAAGGUCACGCAAAAUGUGUUGAAGUUGUAAAAACAUUUAACUUGCCUCUGCUGAUGCUUGGAGGAGGGGGAUAUACUAUUCGCAAUGUUGCUCGUUGUUGGACAUACGAGACUGCAGUUGCUCUGGAUUGUGAAAUUCCAAAUGAGCUACCAUACAAUGAUUACUUUGAAUAUUUUGGACCAGACUUUAAACUGCACAUCAGUCCUUCAAACAUGACGAAUCAGAAUACACCCGAAUAUAUGGAAAAAAUAAAACAGCGUUUAUUUGAGAAUUUACGUAUGCUGCCUCAUGCACCUGGAGUACAGAUGCAGGCAAUUCCAGAAGAUGCCAUUCAGGAGGACAGUGCUGAUGAAGAAGGGGAGGACCCAGAUAAACGCAUUUCUAUUCGAGCAUCUGAUAAGCGCAUGGCUUGUGAUGAAGAGUUUUCUGAUUCUGAAGAUGAAGGUGAAGGAGGAAGGCGUAAUGUGGCUGAUCAUAAAAAGGGAGCCAAAAAAGCAAGACUUGAAGAAGAAAAAAAAGACACGGAUGACAAAAAAUCUGAUGUUAAGGAUGAUGAUAAAGCAAAGGACAACGUUCUGGACAAGAUGGACACUAAAGGUGUCAAGUCGGAACAGCCAAGUAAUCCCUGAACUCUUGGUGACCAAGAACCUUGAUGACGAGGGCACCUUUUUAAAGUAGAAUUCUGCUCCCUGCGCCCCUUAAAACAACAAGAAGAGAGACUGCUCAUUUUACCCCUUAGCACUUGGCAUGGACCGUAUUUAUUGUAAAACGGUAUUGUUUUCCUGGCAGGUUAUACUGAGUUUUCUAAUUAUGGAAAGAAAAUUUCUUAUCUUUGCCAUGCUUUAUGUAAUAGUAUUUAAGAUGGAUGUGAGUUAAGUUUAAUGUCGUAAACCGAUCUAUUAAAAUGCCUUUUGCCUUUUGUUGAAUUGUUUUUUCCCCCCUUGUGUAGACCGUAUAUCUGAUUUAACUUUUGUGACUUUCUACACCUUCCAGAAAGGAAUGUUUCAUAGUUCUGUAUCUACUUUUGUUACUCUGUAAUACUUUUAACAAUGUAGUUGGUUAAGUUUUCUAUAAUGCAAUGGCAUUUAUUACGUUACAGUGCUUAUCGUCAAAACACUGGUAUAUUUUAUGUUAAGUUUUGGACAGUGUAAACCUAGAAGCUAAUUUUGCUAAAGUUAACGUUUAAUUCAAGUGGGCACUUUUUCUGUUUCACCCAAGCAAAGUUUUCUAAAUUGUAUACUGUACUUUUUGAUUACUUAAAUUACAUAGAGGCCAAGAAUGUUGCUUAUUUGUGUAUCUAAUAAACAUACAGUGGCUAUUGGAGGUCUGUUAUAGGACCACAA